UCACCCAGGCACCUCCUCCAUGUGGACAAGGACAGAGAAGACUGGGAGAGGCUGGCCAUGAGCCCCCGGCCCUCCACCCUCCUGGGCCUCGUGCUCUGCCUGGGCCAGACGAUCCACAUGCAGGAGGGGUCCCGGCCCAAACCCACCCUCAGGGCCGAGCCAGGCCCUGUGAUCCCCCGGGGACGGCCUGUGACCUUUGUGUGCCGGGGUCCAGCUGGGGCUCAGAUGUGCCGCCUGGUGAUGGAUGGAAGACCUGAACGCCGUUAUCAGAACCUGGUGCCUCUAGAUGGUUCACAGGGGACAGAGGAGAGAUUCCUCUUCCCUGUGGUGGCUGCAGACACUGCAGGGAGUUACCGCUGCUACUGUUUCACCCAGUUCGGCUGGUCUAAGCGCAGUGAGCCCCUGGAGCUGCAGGUGACAGGGGAGGACGCCUCCACUCCGCCCUCAG